AUGGAUAAAAAUCAUUUGAAAACUACAAUUAAUAAUAAUAAUCAAGAACAUCCAUUAUCGCCAACAAUUAUCACCAUACCAAAUAAUGAUACACGUUUACAUGAAACAGAUCGUUUUCUACAUGAACGUGCAUCAACACAUGUCCUAUCCGAUUUACCACGUUCACGUAAUCUUGAAGAAACAGAUGAAAAUGAAUUACCAUUUCCAGGUUUUGUUGAUCAAGUCUUUUAUUGUCUUAAACAAACAACAACACCACGUUAUCAAUGUUUACAAUUAAUAACAUCACCAUGGUUUGAACGUAUAAGUAUGUUCGUUAUUUUACUUAAUUGUAUAACACUUGGUAUGUAUCAACCAUGUGAACAUCAUUCUGGUAUAGAAGGUGAACAAGGUACAAAAAAAUGUGAUACAGCACGUUGUAUAUGGUUACAAGCAACUGAUUAUUUUAUAUUUGGAUUUUUUACUAUUGAAAUGUGUAUUAAAAUGACAGCCAUGGGUAUAUUUGGUAAAGGAACUUAUUUAGCUGAUACAUGGAAUAGACUAGAUUGUUUUAUUGUUGUUACUGGUUUGAUAGAAUCAGUUAUACCAGGUGAAAAUGUAAGUUUAUCAGCGAUACGUACAGUUCGAGUCCUUCGUCCAUUACGUGCCAUUAAUCGUGUACCAUCCAUGCGUAUACUUGUCAUGUUAUUACUUGAUACAUUACCAAUGCUUGGAAAUGUUUUACUUCUUUGUUUUUUUGUCUUCUUUAUAUUUGGUAUUAUUGGUGUACAAUUAUGGAAAGGUUUAUUACGUAAUCGUUGUUUUCUACAAUUAGAUCAAACGAUUAGACUUGAUGAAUCAAUGUUUGGUGAUACACUAUUACGACCAUUUUAUAUUCCACUUGAUCAAGAUUCAUUUGUUUGUUCACCUGCUCAUUCAAGUGGAAUGACAAAAUGUACAGAAAUUCCUAAAUUACGAAAAGGAAAUAUGACAUGUGAACUUGAUUAUCAUUCAUAUACUGAACAAUUAUCCAGAGAUCCAUAUAAACCAGUCAAUGGUUGUGUUAAUUGGAAUCAAUAUUAUAAAUUUUGUAAUGUUUCUGAUAAAAAUCCUUAUGCCGGUUCGAUUAGUUUUGAUAAUAUUGGUUUAGCAUGGGUUGUUAUUUUUCAAAUAAUUAGUCUGGAAAGUUGGGUUAAUAUUAUGUAUUAUAUUCAAGAUGCUCAUUCAUUUUGGGAUUGGAUUUAUUUUGUUUGUCUUAUUGUUAUUGGCUCAUUUUUCAUGAUAAAUUUAUGUCUUGUUGUUAUUGCAACACAAUUUAGCGAAACAAAAAAACGUGAAACAGAACGAAUGUUAGCUGAACGAAGACGUUUUUCACGUUCAUCAAGUACAUUAUUAAGUGAUGAACCAGGUUCAUGUUGGGAAGAAACAAUCAAAUAUCUUGAACGUUUAUGGAAACAUGCAUAUAAACGUUUAGUUAUCGCAUGGAAAAAUUAUCGAGAAAAACAUCCGAAAGCUAAUCAAAAACGUUUAGUUGAAAUGAAAAAACGACGUCGAAAAGAAGCAAUAAAUAAUAAAUCAACUACCUUUAAAAUUCAUAAUAAUGUGCAUACAGGAGAAAAUUCAUUUACAUUGUCAAAUAUUCAUGUAAUACAUCGACCGAAUUGUCGUUAUCAUCAAAUCGGAGAUUCUUUUUCUGCUCCAACACCUCCAUCUCUAUGUCCAUCCUUUGCUGAUGCACCAGCUGCUAGUCCUGAACAUUCUGAUAUUAUUGAUUCAAUUCAUACUCCAAAUACGGGUAUAGAACCGUAUGGAAUUCCACAUUCUCAAUCAUUAAAUAAUGAUGCUGAUAAUAGUUCAAUUCCUUCAAUACUAUUAAAUAAAAUAUCAAUUAAAUCAAAUUAUUUAGAUUUUGAUACAUUAGAUAAAAAUCUUCAACACAAUCAAUGUGAUUGCUAUCAUCAAAAUGAUAUAAGUAUUCAAUCAAAUAUUAAUAAUGAUAAUGGUGAUGAAGAUGAAUUCGAAGAUGAAGAAGAUGAUGAUGAAGAAAUAAAAGUCAAACAACCAUCUAAAUUUUCUCUAUGUUGUGAUCAAUAUAUUUGGUCACAUUUUCAUACUUUCCGAAAAUAUGUAUCAGAUUUUGUUGCAAGUAAAUAUUUUCGUCGUAUUGUUCUAUCCGCAAUUGUAGUCAAUACAUUAUCAAUGGGUAUUGAAUAUCAUGGUCAACCUACAUCAUUAACAAAUGCAUUAGAAUAUAGUAAUAUAGUAUUUACAUCAUUAUUUGCAAUUGAAAUGAUUUUAAAAAUAAUUGCCGAUGGUUGUUUAAAAUAUAUUAAAAAUGCUUAUAAUUUAUUUGAUGGUGGAAUUGUUUUAAUGAGUGUUAUUGAAUUACAAGGAAAUAAAAAUAGUGGCUUAUCAGUCUUACGUACAUUUAGAUUAUUACGUGUACUUAAACUUGUCAGAUUUAUGCCAACAUUAAGAAGACAAUUAGUUGUUAUGCUUAAAACAAUGGAUAAUGUUGCAACAUUCUUCUCCUUAUUACUUCUAUUUAUUUUCAUUUUCAGUAUUCUUGGUAUGCAUUUAUUUGGUGGAGAGUUUUGUACAAUACAAAUAUUUAAUCUAACAUUAAUGGAAGAAUUUCGUAUAAAAUGCCGUUGUUGUACAUGUAUUGAAAAUGAUAUUUUUAAAAAUGAAUCCAGUUGUAUAGAAGAAAGAAAGAAUUUUGAUUCAUUAACUUCUGCUGUAUUAACAGUAUUUCAGGUUUUAACUCAAGAAGAUUGGAAUGAAGUACUUUAUAAUGGUAUGGAAAAAACAAGUGCUUGGGCAGCUUUGUACUUUAUAGCAUUAAUGACAUUUGGCAAUUAUGUUUUAUUUAAUUUACUUGUUGCUAUUCUUGUUGAAGGAUUUUCAACCGAAAAAGGAGGUGGUACUUCUGAAAGUGGUAGUAGUACAGAUCGAUUGGCAAAAGCAGAUCCAUUUAAAACACAAGCAUUGCUGACAGGAGAUAUUGAAGUACCUGCUAAUCCACAUGAAUUCAUAACUGAAGAAACAGCAAGUAAUCAAGAAAACAGACUUCCUCGACCUAGAGAAGUAAAAAUAAUGAGUAUACCAAAAAUUGCAAUCAGUAAUGAAGAUGAUUCUAGUUUACGUAUACUUGAAACUCGUUUAAGAAUAAAUACUUAUCCAAAUGCAUCAGCAUCGCCAUAUAAAUCAAUAAUAAAAACUCGUUCAUCCCAACCACAAUCUCCAUCAUCAUCAUGUACAACACAAAGUUUUCAUACAUGUAUAGAAUCAACUGGAAAUGAAUCUUUAGAUCAAUCAUCAAAAAUAUCUGUACCUCUUAAACGAAGUCAUACUAUUUCGAUAGUUAAAAAUAAUUCCGAAAAUAAUUCACGUAAAAGAUAUUCUAGUUUAUCUCAAAACCAUUCAUUUAUAACAGUUCAAAAUAAUAAUCAACGUAAAAUGAAUUCAAAACAACAACAACAUUUAUUAAAUCCUGUACGACGAAUUAAUUCAUAUCAAGCGUCACCAAGAAAAUCUUCUGAUAUACAUCUAGAUAGAUUACUUGAUUUAGAUUCGACUACAAAACGUCGAUCAACAAUUAAUCAUUUUACUUAUCCAACAAUUCAACCAGAUAAUACAUCAAGUAUUUAUGGUACGCCAAUGCAUCAAGAAUCUAAUCAAUAUUUCGAUAAUUCUAUUCGAUUAAUUAUUGAUACAGAUACAAAUACGCAAACAACAAUCAAUGAUCAAAGUGAUAUGCAAGUUGAUGUAACAAAAACUAAAACUCAACCUCAAAUUGGAAUUUUUCGAGCAUGUAUAACUCAUCUAUGUGGAGAUAAAUUAUUUAAAUAUGCAGAUAGACGAGAAGAUUAUUCACUUUAUCUUUUUUCACCUGACAAUCGAUUUCGACAAUUUUUAAAACGUUUAAUUGUAAGAAAAUCAUUUGAUUAUUCAAUUCUACUUUUCAUUGCUCUUAAUUGUAUAACACUUGCAAUGGAACGUCCAUCAAUUCCACCAAAUAGUACUGAACGACAAUUUUUAAAUAUUACAAAUUAUAUUUUUACAGUCAUAUUUUCUAUUGAAAUGAUGAUAAAAGUUAUUGCCGGUGGACUUAUAUGUGGACCACAUACAUAUUUACAUAUAGGAUGGAAUGUUAUGGAUGGUUCACUUGUUUUUAUAUCAAUAAUGGAUUUAUUAAUAAUGAAUCGUACUACAAUGCCAACACCAGGUGUUGAAUCAGAUGCAACAACACGUAUAUUUAGCAUGUUAAGAGUUUUUCGUCUAUUAAGAACAUUACGACCAUUACGAGUUAUCAGUCGAGCACCAGGUCUUAAACUUGUUGUACAAACAUUGAUGUCAUCAUUAAGACCCAUUGGGCAUAUUGUUGUUAUUUGUUGCACAUUUUUUAUCAUUUUUGGUAUUCUUGGUGUUCAGCUUUUCAAAGGCAAAUUUUAUUAUUGCGAUGGUCCAUUGGCUCGUAAUAUUACUACAAAACAACAAUGCGAAACUACGUCGGAUCAUCGUUGGAAAAAUCAACAGUAUAACUUUGACAACUUAGGACAAGCAUUAUUAGCUUUAUUUGUAUUAUCAUCACGAGAUGGUUGGGUACAAAUCAUGUACAAUGGUAUUGAUGCAGUUGAUAUUGAUAGACAACCGAUACGAAAUUAUAAUGAAGCUAAAUUAAUUUAUUUUAUUUCAUUUCUAUUACUUGUUGGCUUUUUUGUAUUAAAUAUGUUUGUUGGUGUUGUUGUUGAAAAUUUUCAUAAAUGUCGUGCUGAACAAGAACGUGAAGAAAAAGCACGACGUACAGCUAAACGUGCAAAAAAAAUUGAACGAAAACGACGUCGUAUGCGUGAAAUACCAUAUUAUGCACAUUUCUCACCAUGGAGAAGACGUUUACAUGAUGUAUGUAAUAGUAAAUAUUUUGACUUAAUUAUUGCUGCUGUUAUUGGUCUUAAUGUUGUUACAAUGUCAUUAGAAUUCUAUUUAAUGCCACCGAUUUUUGAUACGACUUUGGAUUAUUGUAAUUAUGUAUUUACAACUGUAUUUGUAUUUGAAUCAAUAUCGAAAAUUAUUGCAUUAGGACCAUUUCGUUAUUUUAAAGAAAAAUGGAAUCAACUUGAUACAAUGAUUGUUGUUUUAUCAAUUGCCGGUAUUAUUAUGGAGAAAAUGAAAAGUGGACAUAUACUUCCAAUUAAUCCAACACUUAUACGUGUUAUGAGAGUUAUGAGAAUUGCACGAGUUCUUAAAUUAUUAAAAAUGGCGAAAGGUAUCCGAGCUUUAUUAGAUACAGUUAUUCAAGCUCUUCCACAAGUUGGAAAUCUGGGUCUUUUAUUUUUUCUUCUUUUCUUCAUAUUUGCUGCACUUGGCGUGGAAUUAUUUGGAAAAUUAGAAUGUAGCGAUGAACGUCCAUGUAGUGGACUUGAUAAACAUGCACAUUUUAAAGAUUUUGGUAUGGCAUUUCUAACAUUAUUUCGUAUUGCAACUGGUGAUAAUUGGAAUGGUAUUAUGAAGGAUGCGCUUCGUCAAGAUGAUUCCCCACAUGCUUCAAAAAAUCAUUUUAUAACUGCAAUAGCACCAAUUUAUUUUGUUAUAUUUGUUCUUAUGGCUCAAUUUGUCCUAGUUAAUGUUGUUGUUGCUGUAUUGAUGAAGAAACUAGAUGAAUCUAAUCGAAUGUUGGCUGAUGAUGCAGAAAUUGAUGAAGAAAUUGAACGACAAUUAGAAGCAGAUGCACACGAUCGAGAUUAUGUUGAACAACCAUUACUUAAUGAUAAUGAACUUAUUUUUCUAAAUGAUCAUGAUAUGCGUUUCUUUCCAUUAACAAAACAAUUAUCUUUGCCACCAAAUUUUACAUUUCAUUCUAUGAAUUCAACAAGAGGACAUUUGGAAAAAGCUAAAACAAUUCAAGUACUAAAAGGUUCCUCAUUAUCAUCCAUUGUUAGUUCAAUAGCUCGUACUCUACCAACAAAAACAGAUGAAAUAAUUCCUUCAAAUGAUAUUCAAGAAAAUUUACCAUCAAGUGCUCGAACAAGUACAGAAAUUUUAUAUCGACCAACAACGAUUAUUUCUCAUCAUCGUUCUAAUACAGUUCCAACGCGUUUAAGAAAAACUACUAAUAAUCAAGAAAAAACACAUCUUUCACCAAUGUAUAAACAAAAUAAAAAUGAAAAAUCAACUCAAUCUCAAUCAUUAUUACAAAUUCAACCAAAACGACAUAUACGUACUAUUGAUGAUGAUAUAAAAGAUGAUGAAUCUCCAUCAAGUAGUAUUAACAAUCGUCAAUCAUAG